UAGGGGGGCUCUUUUCAACAUGGCUACAUACAGCGAAGACAGGUGCUUUUGUUUGGCUCAGGUUGAAUGGCCAAAGAGAAGGCAAAAACGCCUGAGUUGUGGCUCCCUUUUCCAUCCAACAUUAGCACUACUCAUCUGGGUUGGAACCCUUGCCUUGCUGACUUCAUCUGUGCAUUGUAAAGAUGCCGCUCAACAGAAAGCCACGCCCGGCAAACCAUCUCAAACUCAGGCACACAAACAACCCUCAACGCCUCCAGACAAACAAGGUGCAGCAUCGCCCACCGAUGCACCGAGCAGGAACCGAGAUCACAUCUUUGAUCUUCUGAAUCUUGACCGGGAGGGGCUGCUUCUGGAUGCGGGCUUUGUCAAGGAGAGCAUUGAGAAGAUGAAGAAGAUAUACCACCAGUCUAUUGAGCCGAUGGCCGAGGCUUACAAGUUUGAGACCAUGGGACACCCUUCCCUAUCAGAUGGUGAGCUUGAUGCCAAGCCCCUGGUGUUGUUUCUUGGGCCUUGGAGUGCAGGCAAAUCAUCGAUGAUAAACUAUCUCGUUGGGUUGGAGAAGGAACAGAAACUACCAACAGGGGCAGAGCCAGUGACGGCAGAUUUCACGGUUAUAAUGCAUGGCAGUCAGUACCGCUCAGUGGAAGGCCUCGUCCUAGCCACAGACGGGAAGAGGUCAUUCGGCAGUCUCGAGAGGUUCGGCAACGGAUUCCUCGAGAGGUUUUACGGGCUGGAGUACCCGCACAAGAUGCUGCAGAAGGUGACAUUAGUGGACACGCCCGGAAUCAUCGAGAAUCGUAAGCAGCAGGAACGUGGAUACCCAUUCAAUGAAGUCUGUGAAUGGUUCAUGGAUCGCGCUGAUCUUAUCUUCGUCGUGUUCGACCCGACAAAACUAGAUGUUGGGACGGAGCUGGAAUCAACGUUCAAACGCUUGAAGGGACGCGAGUCCCAGAUCAGAAUCAUACUCAAUAAAGCGGACUCCAUUGCACCGCAUGAGCUGAUGCGCGUGUAUGGCGCCCUCUUCUGGAAUCUUGCCCCUCUGAUCAAUGUGACUGAGCCGCCGCGUGUCUACGUGGGCUCAUUUUGGGAGAAACAGUUUCAGUUGGAGACAUACAAGGAACUCUUCUUGUCUGAGGAGAAAUCUCUCUUGAUAGACUUGAACAACGUGAUUGAGAACCAGUUGCACAACAAGAUCGCAACAAUCCGUCGCCGGGCCAAAGAAAUCCGUACCCACGCUCUAAUAGUCAACGAAUACCUGAAGAAAUUCCACCGCAAUAAGCCCAUGGCUCUUAUAGGGAAUGCCGAGGACACGAUGCGUGAUAUCGUCCAAAACCCCGGCAAGUACAACAUCUUUAAGACCGUCUUAGCACAAGCAAAUGUAAGUAAAUACGAUCUCCCCGAUCCAGAGGAAUUCAAGACAUUUUUCGCUAUCAGUCCCAUCGACUCUUUUCGACCGCUGGAAAACCAUUGCAGUUUUUUCUCGGGUUGUUUACUGGAUCGGAUUGAGCAGGCCAUCUCCACAGAUCUGCCCAAGCUUCUUGAAGCGAUACAGAAGGAAUCAGGACUGACUGGUGAGUGUAGCACUGAGGGAGGGUGUAUGCAAACCAAGAAAAACAUGUACAAUAAACCAUGAUGAUACCAAAAGAAGUGCAACUACAUAUGUGUACACGGGGACAACUGUAAUGUGUACACAGUCCCGAUACAUGAUGUCAUGCUUUGAUUAUAUGUGUGCUUAACUAUGGCCAAUGUGCACAAACAAGAUUGGGCACUUUCGAGAGCUCAAUGGACAGGACACACUGCGUGCACUUACUGGUUCAUGCACGAAUAGCGCCAAGUACGCAUGACUAAUUUUAUUCCGAAUGCGCACAAAGCCAUAGCGUCUUUGCGUGAGCAUGUGGUGCUGACGACAAUGCAUUUGUCUCCAUUGGUCUCCCCCAACCCUCCCUUUCUUACCGUCGUUGACAGGGUACUUGUGCACGGAGCCCAUGAGAGCCAGGUGGGGACGAACGCCACCAUGCACCCAUAAGAAAGCGCAUAUGUAAGUAAAGCAUGACAUCAUUACGCCGAAAUUCACUCAAGUUAAAUAUAAUUACAUGAAUUCCUGCGUCCAACCAUACAUUUUUCGUUAUCAGCAGCAACUAAAACAGUUACUGAAACUAUCGCUAAAACCAACAUAAGUUCUGUGGCAGCCUUGGGCAAUACAUGUGUGUUUGAAUAAAUAAUGAAAUGAAAAUAAAUGCUGAACAGUCAGGCUACUUUAUCAAAGAUUUGCUUUUGCUGACAAGAAACUUUUAAGUGGAGGAUUGUUAAGAAUCAAGUUUUUAGCAGCUUUAUCCUGUCACUGCAGUGCAAUUAUGAGUGUGAAGUUAGAUGUUUGGAUGUGCAAUGAAAUUAUGAAACUCAAGAUAAAAAGAUUGUACAAAUUGUGUGUGAUUCAAAUUCCUGUGAAACAGGGUGAAUGUAGGAUAAUGAUAAAAUAAUUGUUUUCAAAUUUAAUGUGCUAAAUAUGGAAUUGUGUCUAGUAACCGGAUUAUGCAGUAAGUGUAAAAAUUAUGUCUGUCGUAUAAUAUUCAGUCACUUUCUUUAAUUAUGAAAUGUACACAUACAGGCAAGCCAGAGAUUUCCGCACAUAAAUUAAUUAUAAAAUACACAGUAUUGAAAGACAGCAUGUCCAGAGCAGAUCUGCAAAAAUAAGGUCAUGGUUUGGGUUGUACAUGUAAGGUGUUUUCAAAACACUGAAUGUUUGAACAACUCCAGAAAAUCAAUGUUGAUGUAAAAAAGAAUUGUUGUAGAGUUGAGAAAUAAAGACAAAGCAGAAGUUGUGAGCACAGUGCCUGUUCCUGCAGUGCUACCAAAACAUUGCAAAUUUGUUGAUGAAUCGACAGAAUUUAACAUUUAUUUCUGAAAAGUGACUCGUGAGUACUAGCCUUGUUGUUAUGCAGCUGUUACAAGUGAUAGGCUUAGCACUUUACUGUUGUUAAAUUUGAUUGUGUGAAACAAUAUGCAUCGGCUUGUUUUAAGACUUUUUAACAGAGUGUAAUUAUAAUGGAUGCCAAUGUGUCUUGCUGUAAUAUCAAUGGAAGAGUCAAUUGCACAAUCACUAGUUAUAUUAAAUUUUGUACGCAGCUGUGGGAAUUGUACUUUCGGUAAACUCACGUAGACCUAAAUAAUUUAGUAAAACAUUUGUGCUCACAUUGUGCUUACUACGUAAUUUUAUGCAAAAGAAUGGAAAAAAUAAAGCAUUUUGUGUACCAGUUAAUGA